GAGUGCAGACGGCAAACUAAACACUGUUUGUUAGUUACGGAAAUAGUCAUGUUAAUGAUUCAGCAAUGCACGGUAUGUCAAUUUCCGAAGUCGUGAAUGGCUGUUAUACUUACUGUUCGCACCCAAGUUUGAUGUAGUGUUUUCAACGUGUUUAUCGCGAUUUAGUCUUCUUAUUUGCGCAAUACGAAUCAUUACUUCUUACCAUUACUCGUCGGUAGCUGCACUCGAUGUCUAGUUUGACGAGUCCUUCAUGUUUAAGACAAAAAACAGAAAAAAAGCAACAAGUGUAAAGGGUGGACAGUUGCUACUUUCACCUUGUUCAGUGAAACUAGAGGAAUUCGUUCGGUUGGUAUUCUUUCCUCAGCUACGACAUGGUGGGUACCAUGAAGCUAUGUCUCUUAUUUCCGAUUAUUUUGCUGUCAACUAUCACGGUGACGACAGCUCGGACGCCUACUGAAUCAAAGAGCACCUUGUUACCGACUCUUGGUCAGAGCCAAGAAAUGACAUGUCGUUUCUCCCAUUUCGCGGGAUUGAAACUGUUCUGGUUCAAAGGAAACGAGCUGGUGUCAAACACGUUGGACGGUCGAGUCACCAUUACCGACGACGUUGUGAAAGGUUCCGAAAACACGUUCUUCCUUUCUGUGUUGUCCAUUCGCAACGUUGAGAAAUCCGAUUAUGAUGAGUACCACUGUAUGCUAGCCGCCAACGUCAACGAUGAUAUGACGUUAAAGAUGGAACAAGGGGCAUUGGUCUCCAUUUUCACACUGAUUGAUCCAAGAACACAAAAUGAAAGGGAGGGCAGCGGCCAUACUUUUAUGUACUUGGCUGGUAUGUAUAGUGCGUGGGUAGUUGAUAAAUUGCAAAAAGCAGUCGAUAAUGAAAUUGUAGAUAGCGUAAGGGGGCAAAUGAAAAACCUCAUGUCUGCAGCUUCGGAGCAAUGGGCCAAAUCUGCAGGUAGUGAAGCGACUAAGGAGGGCGCUAAAGCUGUAUUCAAAGAAACAGUGAAGAAUACUUUAAGGGAAGGGGCCAAGGAAGGGGCUAAGAAGGUAGUGCAAGAGGGCAGUAAGACUGUGAUUAAAGAAACAGCGAGGGAAGGUGCCAAACAAGUGGCUAAAGAGGGAGCAGUAGAAUUUGUACUUGAAGCGGCUACGUCUGGGAUAGGGGCGUCUGUGGUACAGGGCACUACAGUUUUUGCGAGUGAAACGACGAAGACGAUUGUAAACCAAGGCGGAACUUCUUUCGCUAAAAACAUAAUAACAACUCAGGGCCCAGUGGGAAUAGGCUUAACCCUGGCAGAGGAAGCAUACAACUUUGUAAAUCACAGAUCAGAAUCUCAAGAGAAACUUGAAAAGGGGGAGAUCUCCGAAACGGAGUAUAAUCUAGAGCUGGCUGGGCAUGCUGCGAAGGGCGUCGCUACUGGUUCAGCUGUUCUUGUAGGUAGUACCAUAGGACAGGCACUGAUACCUGUACCUAUUGUCGGUGGUGUGAUAGGGGCGAUGGGGGGAAAGGCCGUUGUAUGGAUGGGUGAACAGGUGUUAACCGAAAACGAAGAAGAGAGUGAGCUGUGAAAACGAGGAUGCUUUAGAAAAAAUGGUUAUCGUAAAAUGUGUGACAUCAAGUCCAAUGUUCAAUACAGGCCAAAAUGACAAUGCUGGAUUGUAACGUUAAUGCUUUAGUUAUACAUGUGCUGUAUUAGCAUAAAAUGUUAGUCCGUGUUGCUACAUAACCUUACAAGUAAAUGAUGCCUUUAUUUCAACACAAGAAUUGGGACAAGUAAAUAGAAUAAGCUAAAAACCGACAUAAAGCUAAAGUCCGUGUAGAUCUUUUAAGCUAGCUGCUUGCCUUUCUUAGCUCAGAUUUAAGUGGUAGAAGACUAAAGUUAUGGUUCUAGUAUGCAAAAUACAAAUCUAAUAGUUCAA